UUUCCCGCAUCACACAUUGCCCAAAGUCCCCAAACAAACCUUGACCUCUUCCUCCGGCACUCUCAUCAAUUCUCAUCACUGUAAAAUUCUGUAAUCGAAGAAACAUGCUUCUUUCUCUAGUCCAAACCACCUUAGCAUCAUCCCCAUCUUUCCACUCCUCACACUUUCAGAUUCUGAACAAUCCCACUGCUGUGCUGCCCAAAUCUCCCUUUCUUGGUCUUGGAUUUGAACCCAUAACAAAUCCCCUCAAAAGCUCGCAUUUUUACACAAAACCCAGAAACCCCAAGCUCAGAAUCCAUGCUUCUCUGCUUGAAGCUCCGGUCCUCUGGGCUGGCAGGCUCUGCAUCUUCUAUGCUCUCUUGAAGACUGGUUUGGCUGGAUCUCCAGCUAGUCCACUUCUGUCAGAUUUGGGAAGAGCUGAAGGUGAAGUAGGUGAUGGGGUUUUUAGUGGGUCUGUUGAUUUGGGGUUCUCUAAGUGGUUGAACAGCAUUCAAGGGAAACCAGCAAAAGAAGCUGCUGAUAAAAGGAAAUUAGUAAGCAAAUGGCAUCCUACAACAAAGGGCACACUCAGAAGGAACUACAGGGUACCAUCUAAAUCUGAAGGGCGUCGUCUUCUGAAAGGCAUUGCUUCCUUACUGUCAGACGACGAUCACUUUGUAGAUGCAACCUCCCACAAGGGUUGUCAGAUCAGGAGGGAGACCGCACAUGGAGAAAGUGUCUGUUGCAACAAUGUGAGGGCUCUGUUUGAUGAGCUUCCAACUCCACACCUAGUUGUGGAGAUCACUCCUUUUCCGGCUGGCUCUCUUACAGAAAAUGAUUACACUAAAGCCGAGAAAUUAGAGAGGGUGCUAAGAUCAGGUCCUCAUGUUUGAGUAAACUUGAACUUUUCAUGCUUUGAGUUGUGUAUUCACUGUCUACUUUGUACAUAGCAAUCUCAUGAAAAAGGAAACUUAUUUUCUUCCAUGCA